GUGGCCCCAGAAGAAUUUAAGACCAGCAUUGGCCGUGUGAAUGGGUGUUUAAAAAAGGCUCUCCCAGUCAAUGUGAAAUGGCUGCUGUGUGGUUGUCUCUGCUGUUGUUGUACUCUGGGUUGCAGCCUGUGGCCUGUUAUUUGUCUCAACAAAAGAACCAGAAGAUCAAUUCAGAAGUUAUUAGAAUGGGAAAAUAACAGAUUAUAUCACAAGCUUGCUUUACACUGGAAGUUGACUAAAAGGAAAUGUGAAACUAGCAAUAUGAUGGAGUAUGUAAUACUAAUAGAAUUCUUACCAAAAUAUCCCAUAUUCCGACCUGACUGAGGAAUUUUAUUCAGUCACUUCUGUGUUACCUGUCAUUUCCUACCCUUAGUGCCUUGUAGAUGAUUUUGGAAUGAAGAUGGUCUCCUUUGCUGUGUUCAAUUUAUUCUUUAUAAUGGUAGAAUAUUUUCCUCACUCUUUUGUGUUGGUUUAAGAAGAAAAUUUGCACAUCUUUUUUUGUUGUUGUUGUUAAAUGAGGCUUGUGUUUUGCACUCUCCAUUUUUAAAUAAAUACACACAUACAUGUGUAUAUGUAGUUGCCAUUAAAGAUAAAACAUUAGUGCUGGCGCUUUAAAAAAAAAACCAAAAACUGUUCUAAGCAUGCUGCCUUAUAAUUUUCCUACUUGCUGUUUCUAAAUAGGCAUCAUUUUUCUAGGCUACUUUAAUGCUCUGUAAUCCCAUAUUAAACAUACAUAAGUAAGCUAUUGGUAGCUUUUAGCAAUGGUUUUACUCUUUCCUGCUUGUAAAGGACAUGCAAUUAAUAGCACUGGUUCUGUCCUGCACUUAGCUAAAUUAUCAUUUAUGUUAGUGGAUAAAAUAUUUAAACUCCUAACGACUUGUAAAUAUUGUCUCUUUGCAUAAUGUACAAUGUGGUAUGCCAUGGUUUACAGAAUUUAAUAUUGCUCUUACUGUAUUGCCAACAAUUCUGCAUAGAUUUUAAUAUGAUUGAAGUUUGUAAGCAUCCUUUGGAAUGUACAUACUGUUAACAUGCUAUUGUAUGGCAAAGCCACAAUAAGUAUGUUAAAAAUUUCAGCUGUAGAACAGGGUUGCCCUUUGUAAUGAGUUGAUUAAAAUUAAAAUAAUUUGAGAUAUUCUGCCUUGCACCUAAAACCAAGAACCUGAUUUUUUCCAUUUAAUUUAGUAGUUCCAGUUUUGUCCUCCAUUUCCACCCCCAAAAGAAUUCAUUUGACAUCUGACACAUUUCACGGCCUCAGUAUUCUCAUUUAUUUACCUUAAUGUUUCAUUUCCCUUGUUUGAAAAUACAGACAAUUAUGACUUAUAAAGGAAUAUUUCAAGAUUUCAAAUGGCUUAGAUGGUGGGUAGAUCCCCAUGAAUGCCACUGCUAACCCCCUUUUGGAGUUCUGAUAUUCUACUUUGGGAAAGAGAGAGCUAAUUGAAAAGCUGUACCUAAAGUAUAUGUAGUGGCUGAAUCAUAACUGAUAAAAUAUUCUUAAUCUUAUUUUUGAGGAUCUUUUUUCAACAUUUGGAUAUUAUAAAUAAGGAAAGACAAGUAUUUAGACCAAAAUAUUUUACUUUAUAAAUUCACCCCAUAUAUAGCCUUUUCAUUGGUAUGUGCAUAUUUCGCCUCACAAUUAAGAUAAGUGAGA